CCCUUUGGGUCCCUGAAGAGCUCCUACCUUGGAGUCUGACCCACCUUGGUCCAGUUCUGCUGCUUGCUGCUGUGUGACCUUGGAAGGCAGAGCAGCGCAGACGGGUCGUGGGUUGGCAUGGCAGAUCCCAGUGAAGGCCCCCACACCGGGCCUGGGGAGGUGGCCGAGAGCCCCGUGGAUGAGAGCGGCACCCCUGGCAGUGAGGCCUUCCCCCUGUCUUCUCUGGCCAACCUGUUUGAGGGCGAGGAUGGCUCCCCCUCCCCCUCCCCGGCUGACCCCGGCCGCCCCGCCGCCCCCGGGGAUGCACGACCGAAUUUACGCAUGAAGUUUCAGGGUGCCUUCCGCAAGGGGGUGCCCAACCCCAUCGACCUCCUGGAGUCCACCCUGUAUGAGUCCUCGGUGGUGCCGGGACCCAAGAAGGCACCCAUGGACUCGCUCUUUGACUAUGGCACCUAUCGUCACCACCCCAGUGACAACAAACGGUGGAGGAGGAAGGUCAUCGAGAAGCAGCCGCAGAGUCCCAAAGCUCCUGCGCCACAACCACCCCCCAUCCUUAAAGUCUUCAACCGACCAAUCCUCUUUGACAUCGUGUCCCGGGGCUCCACUUCUGACCUGGAUGGGCUGCUUCCCUUCUUGCUGACCCACAAGAAGCGGCUGACUGACGAGGAGUUCCGGGAGCCAUCCACGGGGAAGACCUGCCUGCCCAAGGCCCUGCUGAAUCUGAGCAACGGCCGCAAUGACACCAUUCCUGUGCUCCUGGACAUCGCUGAGCGGACAGGCAACAUGCGAGAGUUCAUCAACUCGCCGUUCCGGGACAUCUACUACCGAGGUCAGACCGCCCUGCACAUUGCCAUCGAGCGGCGCUGCAAACACUAUGUGGAGCUCCUGGUGGCCCAAGGCGCCGACGUCCAUGCCCAGGCCCGGGGCCGCUUCUUCCAGCCCAAGGACGAGGGAGGCUACUUCUACUUUGGUGAGCUGCCCCUGUCGCUGGCAGCCUGCACCAACCAGCCCCACAUUGUCAACUACCUGACGGAGAACCCACACAAGAAGGCUGACAUGCGGCGGCAGGACUCCCGCGGCAACACCGUGCUGCACGCGCUGGUCGCCAUCGCGGACAACACCCGCGAGAACACCAAGUUCGUCACCAAGAUGUAUGACCUGUUGCUGCUCAAGUGUGCCCGCCUCUUCCCUGACAGCAACCUGGAGGCCGUGCUCAACAACGAUGGGCUCUCACCCCUCAUGAUGGCAGCCAAGACGGGCAAGAUUGGGGUCUUUCAGCAUAUCAUCCGCCGGGAGGUAACAGACGAGGAUACGAGACACCUGUCUCGCAAGUUCAAGGACUGGGCAUAUGGGCCGGUGUAUUCCUCACUGUAUGACCUCUCCUCCCUGGACACGUGUGGGGAAGAGGCCUCUGUGCUGGAAAUCCUGGUGUAUAACAGCAAGAUCGAGAACCGCCACGAGAUGCUGGCCGUGGAACCCAUCAACGAGCUGCUGCGGGACAAGUGGCGUAAAUUUGGCGCCGUGUCCUUCUACAUCAACGUGGUCUCCUAUCUCUGCGCCAUGGUGAUCUUUACCCUCACCGCCUACUACCAGCCACUGGAAGGCACCCCCCCCUACCCGUACCGCACCACUUUGGACUACCUGAGGCUGGCUGGCGAGAUCGUCACACUCUUCACCGGGGUGCUGUUCUUCUUUACCAACAUCAAAGACUUGUUCAUGAAGAAAUGCCCAGGAGUGAAUUCUCUCUUCAUUGAUGGCUCCUUCCAGCUACUCUACUUCAUCUACUCCGUGCUAGUGAUUGUCUCUGCGGCCCUCUACCUGGCGGGAAUUGAAGCCUACCUGGCUGUCAUGGUCUUUGCCUUGGUCUUGGGCUGGAUGAAUGCCCUCUACUUUACCCGUGGGCUGAAGCUGACGGGAACCUAUAGCAUCAUGAUCCAGAAGAUCCUCUUCAAAGACCUUUUCCGCUUCCUGCUGGUCUACUUGCUCUUCAUGAUUGGCUAUGCUUCAGCCCUGGUAUCCCUUCUAAACCCAUGUGCCAACAUGAAGGUGUGCAGCGAGGACCACACCAACUGCACGGUGCCCACAUACCCCUCGUGCCGCGACAGUGAGACAUUCAGCACCUUCCUGCUGGACCUCUUCAAGCUCACCAUCGGCAUGGGCGACCUGGAGAUGCUGAGCAGCACCAAAUACCCAGUGGUCUUCAUCAUCCUGCUGGUCACUUACAUCAUCCUUACCUUCGUGCUGCUGCUCAACAUGCUGAUCGCCCUCAUGGGUGAGACGGUGGGCCAGGUCUCCAAGGAGAGCAAGCACAUCUGGAAGCUGCAGUGGGCCACCACCAUCCUGGACAUCGAACGCUCAUUCCCUGUGUUCCUGAGGAAGGCCUUCCGCUCUGGCGAGAUGGUGACCGUGGGCAAGAGCUCGGAUGGCACCCCAGACCGCAGGUGGUGCUUCAGGGUGGACGAGGUGAACUGGUCUCACUGGAACCAGAACUUGGGCAUCAUUAACGAGGACCCAGGCAAGAGUGAGAACUACCAGUACUAUGGCUUCUCACACACUGUGGGCCGCCUCCGGAGGGAUCGCUGGUCCUCGGUGGUGCCGCGCGUGGUGGAGCUGAACAAGAACUCAAACCCAGACGAGGUGGUGGUGCCUCUGGACAACAUGGGGAACCCCAGCUGUGACGGCCCCCAGCAGAGCUACCCCCCCAAGUGGAGGACUGAUGACGCGCCCCUCUAGGGGCUGUGGGAGGGUUAGGGUCUCUGGCCUGCAGCCCAAGCCUGUCCCUCCACCUGCCUCUUUUUAUUCCACCUGCAUUUCAGCAAUGCCUCUGCAGGGCAUCCCCCACAUGCUCCUUUGACCUCCAGAGGCGAGGGCUGGACAGAGAUGAAGGGGAGGCCCCAGGACCCUCUGGUCCCCAGCUCCUGCCCUCCCAGCUCUGCCUCCCCCAACCCCCACCCCAGGGCAUGUGGCUCCUGACUGCCAGUCUCACUCCCAUGGAGUCACAUAAGCCAAGGCCAGGGCCUCUCUGCCCAUGGGGGCUCGGUCCCCUGCCUCUCCAUUAUUUAUUUGCUCUGCUCUCAGGAAAGUGGUGUGACCCUCUCCCGCAAAGGGAACCUGGCUGAAGCCUCAGGACCCCAUUCCAGGUCACUGCCGGCCAACCCCCAGCCUGGGGCCUGGGUGGCACAAAGCACCCUGUGGCUUUGUGAUGGGGCUGGGGCCCUUGCAGUGGGGCCGUGCCUUCAGUGUGUUCUGUAAAAGGGCUGGGGUUUGUCAGUGCCCAAUAAAUGUUCAUUCACUGAUGCUGAGGCUGGUAGGGAUGCUGAUGAGAGGAGUGGUAAUGGCACGGGGAUGAGAGCAGCAAGACGGGGGAGCUUGGAAAUGCUGGUGGGGGGCAGGGAUGAGAAUGAGGAGCGGUGGUAGUGACCAAGGUGGUGUUUAGGGUGAUGGCCAGAGGCUGGACUCAGCGGCGUUUGGUGGUGUGAGCCUAGGAGACACAAGCGAGAUUGGAAGGGAGGGAGAAGAUGGAGUCGAAGGGAAUGGGGAAAGAGUAAGGUUGGCUGGGUGAGGGAGUAAUGCUGAGGGGCAGAGAAAUGUUACUGGCAGGGAGAGAACACAGGUGUAGGGAGAGUCAUGUUGGCAGGAAAUAGUAAUGUUGGUAGGAGAGAGUAAUGUUUGUGGGAAAGAGUAUUACUGGGGGAGGAGAGUAAUGUUGGUGCACCAGUAAUAUUGGUGAGGAGAGAGUAAUGAAGAAGAAGAGUAAUGUUAGUGGGGAAGAGUAAUGUUGGCGUGGGAGAGUAGUGUUGGAGAGAAGAGGAAUGUUAGUGGGAAAGAAUAGUGGGGGGAUGGGCAUGGUGGUGGGGGGAGAGUAAUGUUGAUGGGUGAGAGUAAUGCUGAUGCAGAUUAAUGUUGGUAGGGGGAGAGUAAUGCUGGUGGGUGGAGUAAUGGUGGGAGGAGAGUAACAUUGGUGGGAAGGGUACUGGUGGGGAGAGUAGUUUUGAUGUAAAGAGUAAUAUUGGUGGGAAGAGUAAUGUUGGUGUGAGGAGACAGAUGUUGGUGGGAAAGGGUAAUUGUUGGGGGAGAGUAAUACUGGUAUGGAAGAGCAAUGUUGGUGGGAAGAGUAAUGUGGAUGGGAAAAGUAGUAUUGGUGAGAAUGAGUAAUGUUGGGGAGAGUAAUAUUGAUGGAAAGCAUAUUCUUGGGGGAGAGUGGUGUUGGGGGGAGAGUAAUGCAGGUGGGAAGAGUAAUGGUGAGGAAAAAUAAAGUUGGUAGGAAGAAAGUAAUGCUGGUGUGGCUUCAUGUCAGUGGGAAGAGUAAUAUUGGUGAGCAUGAGUAAUGUUGGGGAGAGUAAUAUUGAUGGAAAGGGUAUUACUGUGGGGGGAAGGGUAUUAUUCGGGGGAGAGAGUAUUAUUAUUCCCCUGCAGGUGGGAAGAAUAAUGUUGAUGGCAGGAAAGUAAUGCUGGUGCAGAUUAAUAUUGGUGGGGAGAGUAAAGCUCGUGGGUGGAUUCAGGGUGGGAAGAGAGGAAUAUUGGUGAAAAGAGUAAUAUUGGUGGGGAAGGAUAAUGUUGGUGGGAGGAGAAUAAUGCACAUGGGCAGAGUAAUAUUGGCGGGAAGGGUAACGUUGGUGUGAGGACAGUAAUGGUGGUGGUUCUCCUUGUGUCUCUUUUUAGGAGGGCGGAAACCUGUCCCUGAACGACCUCCCCUCUUGUGUUAUUGGCCAGAAUAGUGUCACGUGUCUCCUGCUUCAGCCAAUCAGCAGGCAGGAAGUCACAGAGUCCUAAAGCCCACAGGCACAUGGAGAAAGGUAGUUUCUCCUGCCCGGGAUCCAUACUGACUGGGCCCACUAGCAGUGGCUGCAGGCCUUUUUCCAGAUGCCCACCCUCCGCCCCAACGGCUCUCCAAUACCUGCUAAUCUCUCAGGACCACCGAGAGGCCGAGCUGGAGCCGGGGAUGGCAUCAGCUUCCCCCAGACCACAGGGACUGGAAUGGGGGCACUUCCCGAGGAAGGUUGCAACAUGGGUACCUGUGCCAGACCGGGUCGAUGCCCCCCCCUCCCCGCUCCUCCCUCUGCCCGUGCAUUUGCAAGAUAGCCUUAUGGUGUUCUCCCACUGUGCACAAAGCAGAAUUUUGCAUCCCUGGCUUGACUAAGAGAUUUGUUUUAAUCAGCGGACAUGCCUGGGCUAGGCUCCCCCAAAGGAGGCUGCAAGAUCCGUGGAGCGCAGCAAGCCCGGCUGAUCACAGAGGAACCCCAAAGAUGCAUGAGAAGGAGUUGUUCUCCCAUGCCAAUGAGUUUUUGUGGUAGUUACUUUUUUUUUUUUUUAAGGGCAGGCAUCACUUUUGCAGCAACAACUAAUGAUUGCAGAAUGUCCACUGCCCCCCAUGUUUCGGAUGAGGAAGCCAGGGCUCAGAGAGGUGAAGACUUUUGCCCAGGGCACCUGGCUGGGAAGUUGAACGCCCACAUUCUGCCCUCAGAGCCCAUCCUGGAGAGAAUGCACUCUGACCCCCGACAGGUGACAGGUGACAAGGCCAGGUCCCUCCUUUGCUCUGAAGCCCCUGGCUGUCGCCUGCCACUUUCGCUCAGCCCCCGAGACUGUCAGCUCCUGUUUAGAACCCUCUCACUCUUUGAACAUACCCCUAACUUUAUUCCAACCCGGAUUUCUUAUUAUGUGCGUGUAUGUGUAUUUAAUAAUGAUAAAGCACUUAUAUGUCAUA